AUGGCGGAUUCUUUGUUUGAGGAUUUUGUUCCAAGAAAAAGAGUUAAAAAAGUUGAUAAUAAGGAUUACGUAGAUGUAGAUGAUGUUGUUAAGGUUCAUAGUGUUGUAGAUCGUGUAUUUAUUGAUUUGAAAGAUGAUGAAAAUGUUGAUGGUGAAGAAUAUGUUAGUGUUGAUGAAGAUUGUGUUGACGCUCGAAAUGUUGUUAGUGGUGAUGAUGAGGUUGAUGAGAACGUACAGAGUGAUGAUAAAGCAGUGGAUAAUAAAUUUGAUGAUGAGAAUGAAAAAAAUAAAAAUGUUCAAGUCCCGUAUUUGAAUCAGAGAUUUGAUAGUUUAGAUGACGCGGAUCGAUUUAUUAGGUCAUAUGCCCUUAAGAACGGACUCGCGGGUGAAAAUCAAGACAAAAAUGUCGUGGAUGAAGAAGUAUGUGUAGGCAGUAGUAAGGGCACACGUCGUCGGGAUAAACUUCCUAGAAGUGGUUGUAAGGUAAGGAUGUUUGUUGUGAAAAAGAAGAAAAAAGAUUAUUGGGAGUUAACAACAGUUGAAUUAGAACACAAUCAUGAUCUUGUAUCUCCUAGCAAGAUGACUUUGAUUCAACGGGAAAGACAUGUGACGAGUGCGGCAAGAAAUCUUAUAAAUGUGUUAAAUGUGUCGGGUAUUCGCCCUAGCCAAACCAUGAGUCUUUUUAGCAAUAUGCAAGGUGGAGUAAGUAAUGUUGGUUUUGGUAGCCAAAAUAUUAGGAAUGUAGUGCGGGAUGAGCGGAAGAAAAAGAUACAAGUGAGUGAUGCUCAAGCGGGUUUGGAUUUGUUAAGUCGUCUUAAAGAGGAAGGCGGUGGGAAGUUUUUUGUGAAAACUCAAGUGGAUGGAGAAAACCGUUUGAAAAAUCUAGUAUGGGUGGAUCCUAAAUGUUUGAUGGCCUAUAGUAAUUUUGGAGAUGUUGUUGCUUUUGAUACGACAUACCGAACGAAUAGGUAUGCCAUGCCAUUUGUGCCUUUUACAGGGGUCAAUCAUCAUUACCAAUCUGUUCUUUUUGGAUUUGCACUCAUGAGGGAUGAAGUAAAAAGUAGUUUCGAAUGGGUGCUAAGAACAUGGCUUGAAGCGGUUGGCGAUAAACACCCGAACGCUAUAAUCACGGACCAAGAUCAAGCUAUGGCGGGGGCAAUUGCAUCCAUACUACCCCAAACCCGACAUUUGUUGUGUUCUUGGCAUAUAAGCCAGAAGUUCCCCGAAAAAUUGAACACCCUUUAUAUUAAGCAUCCGGGAACAUUCAAAGUAGAUUUCAACAAAUGCAUAUACCAUUCAUUGACGGAGGAUAUUUUUGAGGAGAGGUGGAAAGAUUUAGUGGUGAAGUAUGAUUUGAAAGAUCAUUCAUGGUUGCAAGGAUUGUAUUUGUUGAAGGAGAAAUGGAUCUCGGCCUAUACUAAGAGUACAUUCUCUGCGGGUCAGACCACGACAUCCAGGAGCGAGGGAAUGAAUGCAUUCUUCGAUAGCUAUGUUAGUUCUAGUACAGGAUUGAAGCAAUUUGUUGAGAAUGCACAAAAAGCAAUUGAAAGACAAUUUAUGCGGGAGAAGGAGGAGGACAAUGACACAAAGAAUAAAACCCGUUACUUGAGGUUGAAGACGGCUUUGGAACAAGACGGGGCUUCCAUGUAUACCAAGGAGAUGUUUCGCCAAUUUCAAGUUCAAUUGGUGGAAGCCUCUAAAUACUUUGUCGAGAAGGAUACAGAUCAGUUCACGUCAGGGGAUGAAGUCACACAUUAUAGGUGUUUUAGACCCCUGACCGAAGUCGACAAAAGAACAAUGUAUGAAGUGAAAUUCAACAAAGUGGCCCUGACAGGAAGAUGUGUGUGUCGGAUGUAUGAACAUUUAGGAAUCCCGUGUCGACACAUCAUUGCCGUUUUAAACAAGAAAAAUGUUGCCCAAAUUCCAGUAACAUUUAUUCAACGUCGUUGGACUAGAGAUGCUAAUAGGGUAGAUGGUAUGCUACCUUAUGCUAUGGGUUGCGAUGAUCCAACAUCUACAGAAUUGACACCAACUCAAAGAUUCAACCAUAUGACUUUGUUAACAAUGAGUUUUUGUCAUAGCAGCAUGGUUUCGAAAGAAAGAUAUGAGUAUGCCCUAGAGGUGAUGAAUCGAGAAAUUGCAAAUCUUGAGAAAAUGGCUGUUGAUAAUGUUGAUGCUGCUCCUAAUACAAAUACUGAGAAUCCCAUUGAAGAGAAUAUUGGUGACGAGUUGAACGAGCCGGUACUUGAUCCUAUAGUGUCUCAAACGAAGGGUAGGAAGAAGCCACAACGUUUCAAAAAUCCAAUUGAAGGCCUUAGUAAGAAAAAGAGGAAAUGCAAGCAAUGUCAUGAAGAAGGCCAUGAUAUAAGGACUUGCAAAAAAUUUGGAGACCAAAAUAAGAGUUGUUAG